AUGGAUCAAUUCCGAAAAGAGGCCCGUACGGUCUUACAGCAGGAUCCUUGGACCCUGAGCCAGUCAGAGCUACCUCGACUCCCAUCUGGGAGAAGGAGAAUCAAGGGUGACCUGCCCGAGCUGUGGCAGAAUGUUUCAACCUACGACCACAGCACCUGCAUGGAUGUCUGUGAAAGCUUGUAUGCUGCACUUGCUUUCAUUGAGGCGAUCCCUGACCGGCUCUUGCCCGAUGAUUCGGGUUGCCGAGAACUUGAAGGUGACGAAAUCACGGCGGCGUCCAACCUAUUUGAAUGGGCCAAUAAAGCAGCACUACCGUCGUCGGAAUUUGCAGGAUCUUUUGACGACAAUGUCGAGGUGACUACAGGUGCUUAUUCACGAGGGAUCAAAAAAGCUCAGAAUGAGAGUCUUUUGAAAGCGAAAUUGGCCUUGGAGUUCCUUUGUCUUUUCAAGGCACAGACAAGUGUAACUUUGCCAAAUCGCCGAACACCAACUGCGCCGGAUACUUUGCCGGAUUCUCUGAUUACCAUGGCCACUUUCAUGUCCGGGCAAGAUCCAUGGUGCACAAGCGAUACCCAGAUGAUAGCCGAAAUGUAUUUUUGCGGGGGCUGGACUCAUCUAUGGGACACCAUUGAAAUGGUGCUCAAAGACAAGCUCCGACCUCUUUUCAUGAAGCAGAGGAAUCCUAAUAUCACAAACGAGGGCCGCAAGGACUUCCACCCGGUGCCUUUGCCUCGUUUUGACGGAAGCUCACUCGACGAUUCAGCAAAGCCAUGGAAGAAUACGGAUAUCUAUGCUACCAGUGUCCUAUCCUGGAUUGUGUCUCAGUACAAGGCUGCCGAUAAGAAGCAUCUGGAAGCGCACUUCCCGCUUCUGGUCCCUGCUAUCCUAGCUUUAAUAGACGAUAGCUCUAUCUUUUUCAAGAUCAAGGGCUGUCAGCUCCUCUGUCAGCUCCUUAAGACGAUCCAAGAAAGUGGCUCCGAUAUCCUCCUUCGAACAAAUCUUAUCCCCGUCUUCGAAGAGGCCAUUAAACCGUGCCUUCUUUCCUUACCAACCAUCACCCCGGAAGACAAGUCCCUUCAAAUGCUGCGCGCUGCCUACCCAGUCCUGAUUGCUCUUUUCAAAGCUGCCUCCAAAAACCCUUCAAAGGCACAAAGGAAUACAGAGACGUACAACGCGAGUCUCGUUAAGAUCCUUCGGUCAAACUUGAUCUCGUCGUAUAAUCAUAUCAGCUCACCAACUCCAACCUAUGAGUCCUCGGCCUCCUUCCCGCACCCCAAGUUAUCUACUUUCCUAAUGGAUGAGAUCUCUAUUGUUGUCAACGAGCUUGGUAUUGAAACUACCAAGUACCUCCAGGACAUCGUCCCACUACUACACAUGACCCUCGCGAAUCCUUUCGGGUCUGCAUAUCCUCCACUUCUCUCCGCUGCCGUGUCAACAACAAAAUCAGUAGUUCUGAACGCUCACCCUCGUGUUUGGAGAUGGCGCGGUGAGAUAUUGGCUGGGUUAUGUGCGUGCUGGCUACAUGUUAUUGCAGAAAACAAGGAGAGGGCGGGAGAAAGUGCCCUCGCGAAACAGCUUGUCAAUCUGACUAAAGAGCUACAGAGCGCUGUUUUCGUGCUGAAGCAUGCUUUGCAAAAUCCUGUCUCGCCUGAUGCGGACCAGCUUCAUGCUAAAGAGGAGAUGAGUGCAGAGCUACAGAAGCUCGUUGAUGCUGAUUCCGAAUUAUCGGGUCUGUUGUUUACUGAUGUAAAGUCAUAA